CGAGCCUCCGUCCACCAUUGCCUGUCAAACAUUGACAGGAACCAUCCACAGCCCACCUACGCACCGAUUAACUGGCUGCUACCGUCUCCAGGGUCACGCGGCCAAACCUGACUGCCAUGGCCGCCAUGGACUUCAAUAGCUCUUCGCCCUACCCGGAGGGCGUAAUCUCGUUCCUCGACACCGACUUGUACAAGCUGACGAUGCAAUGCGCCGUCAUGAAGUACUUCAAGGAUGUCCCUGUUACCUACGCCUUUACCAACCGCACGCCUGAGAAGAAGCUGUCAAGAGCCGCUUUCCGCUGGCUAGAGGAGCAGGUCCAAAAGCUCGGCAACAUCUCCCUAACUGACGAGGAAUGCACCUACCUCCGCAGCCACUGCCCUUACCUGACCUCCGACUACCUCGCUUUCCUCAAGGAAUUCCGCCUAGACCCCCGCGAACAAGUCGUCAUCACCUUCACUCCGUCUGAUUCCGACACCGGUGCCGACUCGGACGAGGGCGAUAUUCACAUUGAGGUCAAGGGCACCUGGUCGCAGACCAUUCUUUAUGAAAUUCCCAUGCUCGCGUUGGCGUCGGAGGCCUACUUCCGCUUCAUGGACACGGACUGGAGCUACGAGGGCCAAGAAGAGCGCGCUUUCGAGAAGGGCCUCAAGCUGCUGGAGGCCGGCUGCACGUUCUCCGAGUUCGGCACCCGCCGCCGCCGCGACUAUCACACGCAAGCGCUCGUCUUCCGGGGGCUCUCCAAGGCCAGCAAAGAAGCCGAGGCCCGCGGACUGCCGGGCAAGCUCACCGGGACCAGCAAUGUCCACCUCGCCAUGCGGUUCGGUAUCCCUCCCGUGGGCACGGUUGCCCACGAGUGGUUCAUGGGCAUUGCCGCCAUCACGAACGACUACAGGAAUGCGACCGAAACCGCGCUCCGCUACUGGGUCGACGCUUUUGGCGGACAGCUUGGCAUCGCCCUGACAGACACGUUCGGCACGGAGGAGUUCCUCCGCGCCUUCAGCCAGCCCGUGAAGCCCAUUACGGGGGACGACUCCAAGCACAAGGCGGCGGGCGGCAGAACCGAAACAUAUGCCGAGCUCUUCGCCGGCAUUCGGCAGGAUUCGGGUGACCCUGCCGAAUAUGUGCAAAUGCUGCGUCAAUACUACGACGAACAGGGCAUCAAGGAGAAGAAGACCAUGGUGUUCUCGGACUCCCUCAACAUCGAACGCUGCCUGGAGUACAAGAAGAUUUCGGAAGACGCCGGGUUCGCGCCCACGUUUGGUGUGGGGACCUUUUUGACAAACGACUUUGUCCGGUUGAAGGACGGCAGCAAGUCGGUUCCUCUCAAUAUCGUGAUCAAGCUGAGUUCAGCGGCCGGUAGGCCCGCCGUCAAGAUUAGCGAUAAUAUCGGCAAGAAUACGGGCGAUAAACAGACGGUCCAGAAGGUCAAGCAGGAACUUGGCUACGUGGAAAGAGAGUGGAAGGGUGGCGACGAGACGGCACGAUGGGGCAAAGACGAAUCCAAGUAGUGGUUCGUCACUCGUGGCACCAGCGUUUAGAAGGAGCAUUUAUCUGGCGA